AUGAAAAACUUUAUUCUUUCCCUUUUCUUCUCUUUCUUCCCUUUGACUUUUGCCGAUCUGGGAGUCGACAUAUCAAUAGCCACUAGCAAAGAGUCAUUCGCUUGUUUGCUCAAUCAGGGAUAUACUUUCGUUAUAAUUCGAGCUUAUUGCUCUUAUGGGGCUGUUGAUCCAAACUUAGUAACUAAUAUACAAAAUGCGCAAAGUGCUGGCUUUCAGAGCAUCCAGGUUUAUAUGUUUCCUUGCUUUCCUUGUGGAAACCCUCAAAACCAGGUUCUAGAGCUGGUAGAGGUGAUUACCCCAUACUUAGAGCAAGUCAGAGAUCCUAUCUGGAUAGAGGCUACUAAAUAUGCAUGGAGUACAAAUCAGCAACUGGAGACAUUGCAAAAAUGGUGCAAAAACAGCAAAAAUGUAAAAAUAAAAUGUUUUUGCAAAAAUUCAAAACAAAUUUGUGAAAUUACAUUUAAUUUCGCACUUUUACAUUUUUUUUGCAUGAGUGUUUGCACAAAAACACUUGAUUUUUGCAUUUUUGCGGUUUUUUGCAGCAUUUUGCAAUUUCAGCAACAAAAUCAAAAUUUUCUUUUCUCAAUGGGAAGUUCUAUAAGAAGCUUGGCGGCAUCUACAGCAGGAAUUUUAACAUCCCAGACUGAUUGAACUAAUAUUGUAGGGAGUAACUGGGUAGGUUCAGGCGGUUUUACUUUAUGGUCAAUACAGCAUGAUGAUGUUCCAGAAAUCAAUACAGAUUCAUAUGAUUUUUUCAUUGAUUAUUAUUUGAAGCAAUAUGAAGGGCCUAUGACUAUUUGCAAUACCACAGUUAAUUUUGAUACUGAUGCUGGAGCUACUUUAAUUGAGUAG